AUGGAAAUCGCCGAGAAAAUAGAUAAAAAUACCAUCGCAUUCCUGAAAGACCGCUACAAGAAAGUUCCGAAAACAGAAGGCUCAAAGGCGAAGGUAUCGAGAUUCAAAGCAUCUCGUGCCACUUCGGACUCGCAGAAACCCACCAAACUGGAAGAAACCAAACCCUCGGAACUACAGUCUGCACCACCACCUCCGCCCGUAGUGCAGGACAUGCUUGAUCAGCUUGAAGUUCUGGACGAGUUUGCCAACCGAAGUGAUCAAGAGAAGUACAAUCGCCUUGCUACUGAUGCCUUUCAAUUGGAUUUCACUACGAAGUGCUUACGCAAUGUAGCGCCACGUCAACAGAAAAAUGCCGUCAAGUUGUUCGAUAGCUGUAAGGUAGCUACCACCAGCAAAUUAGACCCACUACUGGAGCUUGCACGAUCACGAAUAGACGACAUCAAAGAACUUUACCUCGAGGAAGUAAGGUCCGGUGAGCAGACAUUUUUCCAAUUUGCACAUGGAGUAAACCCUUUGGUCGAUGGGUCGUGGACAUUGGUACCCGUGCGUCGAGUACUGGAUGCGGUACAUAAGCGGGAGGGAGAGGUCUGUCCAGAUGACGUGGAUAUUAUUCGUCUAUCUUUACUAUGGACUCUGUUACUGCAUGAUGAAAGGCUCACUGCUUUCCUGGCAUUUGCAGAACCUAAUGACGUUUAUGUUCGUCUGGCAGAAGUUCUGCUGAUAGGACCAGAAGUGUUGGCAGACGAUGUCAUAGCGUCAUGCUAUUCACGUAUCCUGAAUGGUUAUGUACAGAAGGUAGCGAUAGAAGGUCGGCUCUGCCUCCGAAUGGACAGCCAAGUAGCUGGCUUGGAUGCGUUUAUGCCAUUCUAUGAAGAUUUAUUAGUGCACUAUGAGCAGUAUUCACUGGGUGACGUGAAUUUUGCAAAAACAUUACUUAUCGGAUCAUAUCUCAAUUCGGCUGUCGGAGACAGCGUUGACUAUCGUGCAGCGCUAUGGAGUCCUAAGAGAGACACAGAACAAGCAUCUAUGAUAGAAGAGCAAUACUAUACUCAGUAUACUACUCUACUAGGAUCGUACACUGCUGCUAUACGGGAUGAGAAGGUAACACGGGAUCGAAACCCUUUGAUGUUUACAAUAGCAGCUGAAGAAUUGGGUAACUUCAUUCAGAGGCACAGUGUACAGGUAAUUAGGAUGCAGUUUGUAUUAGGUAUUGUUAUUUAG